AUGACUACAGAUACACUCGAUAUGUCUACUUUCGUCCCAGGCACGACGCAUCUUGUCGAUCUCCAGGGAACAAUAAAUGCGCCACACGAGAAGCACAAAGACAUUGUGCUAGUUCCUGCUCCUUCUGAGGAUCCAGAAGACCCUCUGAAUUGGUCAUCCCGGAGAAAACUGUUGCACAUGUUCUGCAUCUUCAUUUACUGUCUUUUCGUCGGAAUGGCUUCUGCCGUUGUUUAUUCUGUUCUAGUCCCUCUUUCUGUGGACUCAGGUCUUUCGGUGGCGGAUCUCAACGCAGGGACUGGGUACAUGUUUUUGUUCUUCGGAUUGGGCUGUAUCGUCUUUCAGCCUCUUGCGCUCCAAUACGGCAAGAGACCGGUCUAUUUAUUCUCCAUGUUGGCUACGGUUGGGAUUCAAGUUUGGUCCGCCCAUGCAAAGACAAAUGGGGAGUGGAUUGCCAACAAGAUUUUGCAAGGUUUCGUCGGCUCACCAAUUGAGUCACUAUGUGAGAUCUCAGUGGCAGACCUGUAUUUCACGCAUGAGCGUGCAAAGUAUAUGGCUUGGUACGCAUUUUCGUUGUGCUCGAGCAACAUUCUUGCACCGAUGUUCGCAGGCUUUAUCUACAACGGGCAAGGCUAUAGAUGGGUUCUCUACUGGCCCGCCAUUGGUUGUGGCCUGGGGUUUCUGAUCUUGUUCUUUCUCAUGGAAGAGACAAAUUACGAUCGUAAAUUGAGCCCCGAUGCGACCGUACAUCAUCAGCCUAGCAUAAACUCCACCGGCACCGUCACCCCGGCCGAAGCUGCCGAACCAGAAACGAAGAUGAGCACUCCUACCACCAACGCAGACAUUCAAGAUGUGUCCCAAGUUGGGGUUGUGUACCGUCGAAAAACGUACGCGGACAAGUUGAAGAUCUUGGACAAGCCUCGGCCAAAUCUACUCCUGACCAUGGCCGUGCGGCCUUUCCUGUUCAUCUCGCUACCAGUCGUCACUUACUGUGGCUUUGGCUAUGGCGCCGCCAUCAUGUGGUCCAGCCUCGUGAACGGCACGGCGUCACUGAUCCUGUCAUACCCUCCAUACAACUUUCAGCCGUCCAUCGUGGGCUUGUUUUCCAUCGCAUCCUUGCUCGGAAUCGCUGUUGGGUAG